GUCGUUCGCGGACUUGGUUUCGUUUGACAUGGAGGGUGAUAUGGUUGUAUGUAUCUUGGCGCCGUCAUUCGUUGUCAUUUUACGACGUCAUUCGUUGUUGCGGCUAUAUUUGGGCACACUUCGUCAUCUCGAUCAUCGCACGCACCUCAAUGGGAACGGAGAUGCACGUGGCCGUGCAAGUGCGCAAGUUGUUUCGUCAGACAGAAGCAGCGUAUGAGGCCGAGCUGCACACGUCGUUUUCGCCGCACAAAGUCAACUUACACCCGAUUCCGCAGCAACAACCGUUGUCUUCUCGUCGGCUUCACUCUAGUCAAGCUACCAACAAGACAUCCGUCAAUCGAAAGCAGCCAAUUCACAGGGCAUCGACGCCGUUGCUGCGACCACUGUCCCCCGUCAACAAGCCGUCCACGGCACCACCAGGCUCAGCACAGACAACUCCCCUUGGACACAGUUAUCGCCCUUCAUCCGCACGAGAGAUUCCACAUCCCUGCGAUAUCCCGACCACACCUGUCGCAAAACCCAAACGGAAACCGGCGACGUCGCGGCCAUUCCAAGCGGCGAGUGAUACCCUAUUGCUUGAAAUGAAAGCCUAUGUGGCAAAUCGGAAAACAUCUACAAGCAGCAACAGCAGCAUCACGAAAGGGUCGGACGCAUCCAGUGACGGGACUGGAAAGCUUACCAAAGGUGGCGGCCGACCGAAUCCGACCAAAUUCCAGCGCGGACUGCAAAUUCAAAUGCAAUGCUACUUGGAGUACGCCCAUCUUCACAGCAAAAGCACCCGACACUUGAACGUAAACCCGUCGCCGACAAACAGUCACGUCCUUGCCACACCAACGCCGCAGAAAUUCCUCCAGAAAGACGGCGGCAAGGAUUCGAUGCGCAACCUCCAAGACAAUUCGUCGUACCAGAAACUCCUGCGCAAGCUGUCGCCGUCUAUUACAAACUCGGCCACGACGUACAUGAGUCUUGUUCAUGUGCUCCAAGGAUGUCAUCAUUGCGGCGGGCGCAUCACGUUCUGCGACGCCUGUGAGCGCAGCGCCAACGAGUACUUCAACAAGUUCUCCAUGUCAGAACUCGAAAAGUCGUAUGGCCGUCAACUUCCACCCCCGGAUGCCACCGUCGUUGCCGAGUACGAGAAGUAUUUAGAGCUGCGCGAGCAAUCCAUGAAGCAUAAGCUAUAGCUCAUGUGCAAACCUUGCGCGCCGUCUUGUCGUGCU